AAAUAAUAAAGGAGGCAAAAAAUGAAUGGCAGUGGCGGUGGUGGUGAUGGCGGUGGUGCCGGUGGUGGAGGGGAUGACGUUCACACAUCCUCUGCCUUGACCGGCUGGACCUACACCGUCUCCCAAAGAUACCAAUACCUUCUCGAUAAGUCAACGCCAUACGUCCUCCACCGUUGGGUCGGUUUCUGCGUUAUCUUCUUCAUUUACCUCCUCCGCGUUUUCUUCGUUCAAGGUUACUACGUCAUAACCUACGGCCUUGGAAUCUACAUCCUUCAGCUCUUUAUCUCUUUCCUUUCCCCUCAGGUUGAUCCCGAGUAUCAAGAGCUCUUUGAUGAUCCUGCCUUACCAACCCAUGGAUCUGAAGAAUUCCGCCCUUUUGUUCGCCGCCUUCCCGAAUUUAAGUUCUGGUAUUCGAUUACAAAAGCAGUUUGCAUUGCUUUUGUGUUGACAUUUUUCAGUAUGUUUGAUGUGCCCGUAUUUUGGCCAAUUCUAUUAUUCUAUUGGAUUGUGCUGUUUGUUGCAACAAUGAGGAGGCAGAUAAUGCAUAUGAUCAAACAUAGAUAUGUUCCCUUCUCCUUUGGCAAGCGGCGUUAUACAGGAAGGAAAGAAGAGGUGGUCGAUGAUUCAGCCCCUGUUAGACCUUGACUUCAACAUUUCUUGCAUACUAGAGGUACAUUGAUGCAAUUAGUUCAUUGGUUUAUUUAUUCAAAUAAGACAGCAUUCCCCUAGGAGGAAAGAAAACGUGGCAAUAUUUUCUCUUUUUCUACCCUAGAAACGACGGGGGGACAAUAUAGUCAUUUUUUUUGUAGCGACUUUUCGUAAAUGACAAUGUAUGGAUUGUUGUAGCAAAGCCUAGUUGUUUAUUUUUCAAUUUCCAUCUUUGAAAUGGAAUCCUGUUUUUUGGGGAAUGAGGGUCAGCACUUGUUGGUAGGCAUAUAACUAUGUGUUUGCCUUAGUAU